AUCAAUGUCUGGAAUAAUUCAUACUUUCAUACUGUGUGCAUAUCUUUCACGUAGUUAGAUAUCUACCUUUGGCAAACAUUUCAGAUUUUGCUAGUGCUAUCACUUACAAAAACAGCCAAUCUAAAAUUCUACUACUAAAGGUCAUUUUGACAUCUAUUUAAGUUUCCAGUAAGAUCACAUCCAGUUUCUAAGGCCGUUCUCUAGCUUAUUUAGACGAUAACUUGUAUCUGAAGAUUAAUUUGAGACAAAUGGAUAAGCUCGUUGAAAUCCCUUUGCAAGGUUUAAUCGAUUUGCGUGAAAUUUAUAAACGGGAAUGGCCUAAAGAGGAUAUCGGCUUCUACGUGCUCACAAAUUUUAUAAAUUGGUUAGAAAAGAAAUUGUUUGUUGAAAAUUUCCACGCCUACAGCCUGAACGGGGACUACAGCGAUGGAACCUUUGUGAUAUUGUAUAUGACGAAAUUAUUUGGUCAUACAUUAAAUAAAGAUACAAGCCGUUUGAGGAGGGCGCUAUGUCUUCUGGAUUUGGAUGGAACAAGUUACUACCGAUAUUAUUAUAACGAUCAGGAUAGGUCUGCAGUGUGGAGUUUUAUAAAAGAGAAACAAAUUGUUACUCGCAACGAAUGGGAGUUCAUAUGGUACUAUCUGACACCGGAAAUAGGAUCUAAAAUUAUUGUUCCGCCAUUGCCGAAAGGGUUUGUAGCUGAAACUAUCCGUGAGGUUGAUCUGCCCGAAGUAAAUGAAGCUUGGCUGUUCCGAUAUCCUAAGUCCAUAGACAGAUUGAAAUGGUUAAUUCGAUACAAUGAAAAUAUUGGAUUAUAUACGGAAAGCGGAGAACUAGCAGCUUGGGUAUUAAGGUACGAAUUUGGAGCCGUAGCAAUGUUGCAUGUGAAGGACGAUUUUAGAAGACAAGGGCUUGGGAUGUAUCUGGCAAAAGCUAUUUCGAAAAAAAUCGCAGAUGCUGGUGGAUAUGCAAGCGGUACUAUCAAGGAAGAAAAUGAAGUUUCAAAUAGAAUUUUUGAAUCCAUUGGAUAUGAAAAGAAUGGGAUCAUGUAUUGUAUUGAAAUAUUACCAUCCAGCCCAAUAUCCGAUGGAAAUAAUUAAAUGUGUCGUAUUUUUUCAAAUAUGAAUAAAGUAAUGAUUGCUUGAAU